UGUUUCCCCUUACUUGCGUCCGGUUGGACACAGCUGUCUUCCUAAUGCCCUUUUAAACGUGUUUACUUGCUUAUCACAACUGAAGAAGUUACGAGUGAGACGCUACUUUUCCUUGGAGUUCACCUGGACUGUCAAACAAUGUUUCCGCCAGCGGGCAAGCGCUGCUUCACAAUUGAAUCCUUGGUAGCAAAGGAAAAUCCUUUGACGGCAGAAGAUCCCAUCCGACCAACCGCCCUAAGUUAUCCCAACCCCACAGAUGCCUUUAUGAACGGUUAUCAGGGCCCAACCAGCAGGUCUCUGUAUCCGAACCCGGAGUUGGUCUUCCCAGAGACAGUUAAUCAUCCGUCAUUGACUGUUCAUCAUCCGCAACUUGGCAACUCGCAUCUGCAACACCCGCACUCUUUCUUUGGAGCUCAGCACCGUGACCCUUUAAAUUUUUAUCCCUGGGUUUUGCGGAACAGAUUUUUCGGACACAGAUUUCAAGGAAAUGAUGUUUCCCAGGAUAGUCUACUACUGCAUGGCCCUUUCGCCAGGAAACCGAAGCGGAUCCGGACGGCCUUCUCUCCAUCCCAGCUCCUGCGGCUGGAGAGGGCCUUCGAGAAGAACCACUACGUGGUGGGCGCCGAGAGGAAACAGCUAGCCAACAGCCUCAGUCUGUCCGAAACUCAGGUCAAGGUGUGGUUCCAAAACAGACGGACAAAGUACAAGAGACAGAAGCUGGAGGAGGAGGGUCCAGAUAGCCAGCAGAAGAAGAAGGGGAACCACCACAUCAACAGGUGGAGGAUUGCCACCAAGCAGGCCAGCUCUGAGGACAUCGACGUCACUUCUGAUGACUAGCCCAACCCCCCCCAACCCAGCACCUACCCCUCUGUCCUUUUGACACAAGAGAGACCACUUCCACUUGCAACCCUAUUUAUUAAGUGAUACUGUUAGGCAAAAUUAUAUACGAAACAACUAGCAAAGUGACUGAAUAUGUGACUGGGCAGAUUUCUGAGCUGCGAAAAGAGGCUGUUUUUCUUUUGGCAAACUCAUUCGAGAAACUUGCACGAGCUGUGACGGAACAGAUGCGAGCUUUUUUUUUUUUUUUUGCCUGG